GUGGAAAUAAACAAGGUGACGCAAUAAAUUCGCGAAGUUAAACUAGUUUCAGGAUUCUUACAUUUCGCCCUAACCAACCAACAUCAACAUCUGGAGAUCGAAGGACACCAAAAUCUGUUUUCAGAAACCAAAAAUGGAAGGGAAGGGUUCAGAAGACCAGCAAAGAGCUGCAGAUAUGACUCUCUUUGUACAAGACCUUGUUCAAAAAAUGCAAUCUAGGCUCGAUACUAUGUGCGACACCAUUAUUUCAACAAUUGAUGAGAUGGGUAGCAGAAUUGAUGGGUUAGAGAAGGACAUCAAUGAGUUCAGAGCCGAUAUGGAAUUGGAUCGGUCCAAGCCAAAGCGUCAAGAUAUCAAACCAGAAGAUGCUUCUACUUAAACAGCUGAACCUAAGUGCAGUGGAUGAUCGGGUUAUCAGCAGUACUACCACUACUAUGAUUAGAUAGCAGUUGUUUCUUUGUUUUACACACUUGUAAAUGGACACAUUGGGCAGUUUAUAUUUGUCUCUACCUGACUAGUACGAAUUUUAUAACUGGGAAGUACAUUUUUUAUUGUCAUGAGUCUCAUGACUAUGCAUGCUAUCGUUUUCUCUUCA